AUGUCUGCUUUCCCAACUUCCGAGGCACAACUCGUCGCCCUGUUCAUGCAAAGCGUUACAUACGGCAUUCAUGUCGUAAUUUUCGCCAUCUGCAUGUGGAAACUCGUCGAGAAGUUAAAGGGCAAACGAGGCUCGGUCAACUGGCCCUGGGCAUUCGUCGCAAUUGCCCUCUUCGUAAACGGAACGGUCGACGUGUCUUUCAAUCUAUACCACAACCUAUUGGCGUUUACCCUACGUGAUGGCACCGUGGAAGGCUUCGGUGAGCUCGCAUCAUGGAUCAGCGUCAUCAGAAUGUACCGUGCCUGGAUCAUUUGCGAUCGCCAGUGGGCCACCAUAUUGCCCACCAUCGUCCUUUGGUGCACGACAGUCGCGACUAUGAUAGCAUACCUGUACCGCAUGACCGUAACAGAAGAGGCAACGGUCACAGGCGAGGAGAAAAGGAUGGCUCCUAUGCUCGUCGUCAUCUACUCGACUACGCUCACCAAUAACUUCAUCUGCACGGGGAUGAUUGUGCGUCGUAUCUGGCAAGUCAGCAAGCGGAGUGCGCAAUUUUUCGUGUCGGGAAAUAGCCUGUCUCGCACCAACAGGAUCUUUGUCGAAUCUGCGCUUCUCUAUACUACCACCAUGGUGGUGCUCUUCAUAACAAUCCUUGUCGGUAACAACGCAUUGUAUGGUGUAUCUGAUGUCAGCUUGGAGCUUGCUGGCAUUGCUUUUGACCUCAUCAUCAUUCGCAUCAGCAGGGGCACCGCAACAGAGCUUACGGAGGAGUUUGUAGGGCAAAAAGGCAAAAAAAUACUCUUACUGGCCGUGCACCUUGUGAAGAAGUGGUAG